UUCAGCUACUUGAUUUUCGGGGGUCAGCAGUCAAAUGUACGGUCUGCAAAUCAUUGUGUGCGUCCACAGGCCCUGAUUGUUGUACACUGAGCACAUAUGGGUUACGACAGGGCAUGUUGACAUAUUGGAGGGACAACCCCCUUUUCCACGUGGUUAGUCUCGUCGUCGGACUUGUAAAGACCUGUCCAUUGCUCUUGAACUCUGACCCUUGGAGUUGAUACGGGUAGAUUUUAACUUGUACAUUCAAGGAUCGAUAGCAAGGAUGUCUGACACUUCGUCGGCGCUGACGGAAAUAUUCGAGGGUCACGUGGGGUUAAUCGGUGCGAGUGCACUAACGGUUGUUGGAUUAGCGGCAGCAAGCUACUACAUGACGUCACGGCCCCCGCAGGUGGUCCCCCCAGUGGACCUCAGUGACCAGUCGGUGGAGCUCCAGGAUGGAAGUCGGAUGACCGCCUACCCGAAGGCCAGGGGUCAGUUGAUGCACUACCUGUACAAGGACGCACAGACCCUGUAUGAAGUCUUUCAGAGGGGCAUACGCCAGUCUAACAAUGGCCCCUGCCUUGGAGCUAGGACCGGCCCCAACAAGGAAUUUGAGUGGCUAUCUUACAACGAGGUAUACGAGAAAGCCCGUGCCUUUGGAUCAGGUCUUCUUCACAAGGGAGUGAAGCCAGGGAAAGACUCUUUCAUCGGAAUAUACAGCAAGAACAAGAUUGAAUGGACAGUGGCUGAGCAAGCCAACAACAUGUUCUCCAUGGUAACCGUGCCCUUGUACGACACCCUAGGGAUCCAGGCCUGCAUCUACAUCAUCAAUCAGACCGAGCUGAGCACCUUGGUGUGUGACAGCCCUGACAAGGCUCAGCUCAUACUGGACCAGGCACAACAUCUGCCCUCGCUCAGAAGGAUCGUCAUGAUAGAGGCGAUCUCCCAACAGAACCAAGACACUGCCAGCAAACACAACAUCGAUAUGGUCCUGUUCGGUGACAUAGAGAAACUUGGACGUGAGAAUCCCAAAGACCUAGUACUUCCCACCCCGUCUGAUCUAGCCACCGUGUGUUACACCAGCGGCACCACAGGUGACCCUAAAGGGGUGAUGUUGUCCCACGCUAAUCUCAUCUCCAACAUUGGCGCUGUUAUGUUCCACAUAUUGGAUCACAUUGAUCUUGGCCCGAGUGACCGCCAUCUCUCCUACCUCCCACUUGCCCACAUGUUUGAAAGGGGCAUGCAGAUACUGAUGUUCACGGUGGGGGGACAGAUCGGCUUCUUCCAGGGGGACAUCAAGCUCCUCACCGAUGACAUGAAGACCCUCCAGCCGUCAUUCUUCCCCACGGUGCCCCGCCUCCUCAACAGGAUCUACGACAAGGUGAUGAACGGCGUCCGUGGCAGCUUCAUUAAGACGACGUUGUUGUCGUGGGCGAUCAACAGUAAGCUGGUGGAAGUGCGAGACUGUGUGAUCCGAAAGAACACAGUCUGGGACCGGCUGUUAUUCAAGAAGAUUCAGAAAACGCUAGGGGGCAAGAUCAGGCUCAUCAUCUCGGGGUCCGCCCCUCUCUCACCCCCGGUCUUGGACUUCCUUAGGGCAUCAAUGGGAUGCAUGGUGCUGGAGGGGUAUGGCCAGACGGAAUCAACAGCUGGCAUCAGCUUCAAUAUCCCAGGAGAAAGCUCUGCAGGUCACUGUGGACCGCCUCUGGCGUGCAACUACGUCAAGCUGGUGGAUGUUCCCGAAAUGGACUACUUCGCCAAAGACCUCAAAGGAGAAGUCUGCAUCAAAGGUCCCAAUGUGUUCAUUGGCUACUACAAGAACCCAGAGAAGACAGCUGAAGCUAUAGACAGUGAUGGCUGGCUACAUACCGGCGAUGUCGGGGAAUGGCUGCAGGAAGGAACUCUGCGGAUCAUAGACAGGAAGAAGAACAUUUUUAAACUUUCCCAGGGCGAGUACAUUGCCAGUGAGAAGAUCGAGAACGUGUACAUGAGGAGCCAGUUUGUGGCGCAGUGUUUCGUGGAAGGGUACAGCACACAGUCCUGUGUGAUGGGCGUGGUCACUCUCGAGGAAGAAUACAUCACCAAGUGGGCGAGUAAGCACAGCGUCAGCAAGACACCAGCUGAACUAGCUACAGACAAGGACUUGAAGGCCGCUGUCCUGGCUGACAUGCUGUCCGUGGGCAAGACCGGUGGUCUAAAGAGCUUUGAACAAGUGAAAGACAUCUUUAUUUUCCCUGAACUCUUCACGGUGGAGAACGGGUUCAUCACCCCCAGCUUCAAGACAAAACGCCCAGCUCUGCGGAAAGCUUUCAAGAAGGAGGUAGAGGCAAUGUACGCCAGGCAGUGACCAUUUGCCAGCUCGGCAGAAACACAUAAUACUCAGUGAGGGCCCUUACUGGUCUAAAAUUGGCCCUAACCAGGUAUCAGAGGGAGAAAUUCAAAAGAUCAAUACAGGCUUAACAAUUCAAUUCUGUAAGUUUUGAGACACUCCCCAUCCUCAGAAACUAACAUAAUAGUGCAAAUGUUGAUAUCCUCAAAUAUGUUUGUCUUGCGAAUCCUACUUUUUAGAGUGAAAAAUUAACGAUAAGAAUGGUUCAUCCUCUGUAGAAUUGUUCUUGUAGGACAGGAAACCCGCUAUUCUACUUUUUGGAUGAAAUAGAAUCUUAAAGAAAAUAACCUUUAAUUUCAGCCGAAAUUCCCAGUAAAUGUUGAACAAAUAUAGUGAUGAGGUGAGUAGUUGCGUUUCCAUGGAAACGUACCCAGACUAUAACCAUAAUUAUCAUGCAUGUUACUAAACUGAUCACCCCUCUGAUGUUGUAUAGAGCAUGGACGCUGGCACGUGCUGGUUGUACAGCGCAUGGAGUCUUAAAUUCUGUUAAAUUAGAUUGUUUAGCUUAUCUAGAUCUGCACAAAAAGUAAAUGUUUCAAUACCUUCCUCAGCCCCAGACGAAUUCUGCAAAUCAUUAUUUUCAAGCUUUUCUAUCGAAUUGUGCUCUCGAUAACAUGUGAUUAACACAUGACAAUAUGAAUCAUGCAAUAAAGUGAUAAAGUGAAGUUUGAAAUAUAAAAUUCUCACUUUUAAACGUUCUUUGUAGUAAUAAUAUUACAUAAACUAUGUUUACCUCUAACCAUUAAUACAUACCAGUGACACUAAGCAUAAGUCUUAUCCAAUGGCAACUGUUUAUAAUGACAGUAUGUGGAAUUAGUUCUUGGUCGCAAAAUGAGUUUGUAAUAAUAUUUUGUUAGAUAUUUGUGAUUUUAGCAGCAGAUGUUUGGUAAUUUAACCGAAAAAUGUUGAUAAUUGUAUCGCAGGAUUCGCCCAGGACUGCAUACUAUAGGUAUGUAUACACGGGUAGUUUGAGAAAAGUGGGUUAAUAUUUUGUUUGAAAAAGAAACUGAGUGAAUUUUCACUUAUUUCACAUUUAAGCAUGCUCAUUGAGGCAAUAUUAUUACACAAUUUAUACAUGUUUCGUUAUAAUCGGUUUCUGUGCAUGUGUGUGUGUGUGUUUUUCAGUAUGUUUAUCGACUGCUCUAUGAGGAUAACACUGUAUAAUGUAUGUGUUGAACAUAAGCGGCGGUAUCAAAGUGUGCAGGUUUCAUGAUAACAACGCUUGUUAUAAUAUCAGGUGUACAUAAAUAUAUUGCAAGGUAGCGGAAACUGGAUUUUCAUAGUCAGUUAACUCCCUUGCCUCGGGAGUACAUUUGUACAAUGUUUUAUAUAUAUUGAUAAAAACCAUGUCCAAAUUUGUAUAAUUCUCUGUGUACAAUAUGCAAUAAAACAAGCUCUCUACGGAAAA